CUGACAUUCUUCAUUGGUCCUCUGUUGAGGCAUCCGACCGCAAGUUGGUAUCAGCAUGAUUCACGAUGUUGACGGCCAAGUCGUCCCGCUUUGAGCACGCGCUGCAGAAUGCCAGCCUGCUUUUUCUGAGUCUUGUGCUCCUUCCCCUCGAUACCUUCAUACUCUUUCUAAGCUAUGCAGUGCGUAUGCUGGUCGCAAUCCCCGCGACUUCUCAUCGGGUGCGGUUGCGGAGCACUUGUGAUACCCGCCAGUUCAAGCCUCAAACUGUCCUCGUGACGGGUGUGGGGAUGGCCAAAGGACUCGCCCUCGCCCGUCUGUUUUACAAUGCGGGCCACACCGUCAUCGGCGUCGACUUCGAGCCGCCAUACCUGCCCAUCAGCUGCGGGCACUUUUCUCGCUCCGUCAAAAGGUUCCACCGCUUGUCAAAACCGGACGGCACACAAGACGGCUCAGCCAGGUAUUGCCAGCGCAUCGUGGACAUUGUCAAGAGAGAACACGUCAAUCUGUGGGUUAGUUGCUCCGGUGUGGCCAGCGCCAUCGAAGACGGACAGGCCAAAGAGAUGGUUGAGAGGCUCACCAACCGCCGGGCAGUGCAGUUCGAUGCGGCCACGACGCAGAAAUUGCACGAGAAACACUCCUUUAUCAGGUAUACCCGCUCCAUCGGCCUCUCAGUACCCGAAACGCACGCCGUCACUUCGUUGGCAGACGCCCUAAUGGUCCUUGGAGACGCCUGCCAGACCGGAAGGAAGUUCAUCAUGAAGUACAUCGGCGUCGACGAUGCGGCGCGCGGCGACAUGACUCUGCUUCCCCUGGACACUCCCGCCGCCACGGAAGCGCACAUCUCUCGCCUGCAGAUCUCCGAGAAGCGGCCAUGGAUUCUGCAGCAGUUCAUCGACGGGCCCGAGUUUUGCACCCACGCCCUGGUCAUCCGUGGCCAAGUCAAGGCCUUCACGGCUUGCCCGUCGGCGGAGCUGCUGAUGCACUACGAGGCUCUUUCUCCAGACUCCGCGCUUUAUCGCAGCAUGCUGCAGUUCACGCAGGAGUACGCGGCCAGCGACCCCGAGCAUUUCACUGGCCAUCUGUCCUUUGACUUUCUCGUAGAAUGCGAGGAGGCUCGAGAAGCGGAGAGGAACCCCAACAAGCUCGCCAGGCUUUACCCCAUCGAGUGCAACCCCCGCGCACACACGGCGGUGGUUCUCUUCAGCGGCAUGCUGGAGAUGGCCGAGGCUUAUAUGUCGCUGCUUGAGGAACCGGCUUCCGAGUCGAAUCUUGUGAACGAGAAAAGCAUCUACGGGGCGUUCUCGGCUGAACCAGUCUAUCCCAGGAACCCCGCGAAGUACCACUGGGUCGGCCAUGACCUGGUCACACUUGUCGUGUUGCCCAGUCUGUCGUUGUUUUCGCGAGAUGGGAGCAGCGUGGUGGAGGUGCUUGAUGGCUUUCGCGUGUUCCUUGAGCACCUUCUCUUCUGGAAAGACGGCACGUACGAAAUCUGGGAUCCGCUGCCCGCUUGGUGGUUGUAUCACGUCUAUUGGCCUUUUCAGUUCGCCUUUGCGUUGACAACAGGCCGGAAAUGGAGUCGUGUUAAUGUCAGUACAACUAAGAUAUUUAACUGCUAAAGGUACUUUAGAGCGUA